UAGAAUCGGUUAGAUAAUUGUCAAAGUUUCUAACCGAACCAACGGCUGCGGGUUGUUUUGAUUGUGAUCGCGAACCGUAAACAAUGCAAAUUCGUACCCUACCAUGGUGGACGAGCAACAACAGAUCGAACCCCGUCGGAUAAGUUUAUGGGCCCGGGAAAACCUUAACCAGGUGCUGGCAGUGCUAAGAAUUCACAUCAUAACAGCCAGCUAUGGAGUUACGGUUGGAUGGCCUGCACCGAUCAUUCCUUUGUUGCGAUCCCCGGACACACCACUCCCGAGUGGACCGAUCACGGUAGAGGAAGCGUCCUGGAUUGGAGCUACUCUGUGUAUUGGUGGUACGAUCGGAACGAUACUUUUCGCGAUUAUUCACACGUACUUCGGCAAGAAGGUGGCUCUGCUGCUCAUAUCCAUCCCACACCUCAUCCUGUGGACUUUGAUACUCAUCGGUGACAAUGUGUGGUACAUCUAUGGGGCAAGAUUUUGCAGUGGACUUACUGGGGGUGGUGUGGUCAGUGUCGUACCGCUCUACAUUGCUGAUAUUGCAGAUAAAAAGAUCCGCGGGACACUAGGAUCGCUAACGAUCAUCUUCAUCAACAUUGGGCUGUUGUUUAUCUACACCGCAGGCAACUAUCUGCCGUACUACGUCAUACCGAAGAUCAUGCUCGUAGCACCCGCAGGAUUUCUCAUACUGGUGAGCUUCCUACCAGAAACGCCAUAUUGUUUGCUUCGCAAGGGUCGUUUGCUGGAGGCCGAACAGUCACUCAUGUUCUACCGCAACAUCUCCGACGAACGACAUCGAACGGUGGAGUUUACAGCGGAGUUUGAGGAGAUGAGAAGCUUUAUCCUAACGGAAAGCACACAAUCGCGUAUCUGCUGGGCUGACUUCACCACACCGGAAGCGAAACGAGGCCUCUUCAUAGGCGUGUUCGUGAUGGCGCUCAACCAGUUCAGUGGAAUCUUUGCCAUCCUCACGUACGCUGGCACUAUCUUCCAGAUGUCCGGUACGGGGAUCGAUCCGAACGUGGCGCUUGUUCUCGUCGCGGUCAUCAAUAUUUGUGGCAAUCUCACGUCUUUUGCCAUCAUCGAUCGUGUUGGGAGGAAGAUAUUGCUGCUACUAUCGGCCAUUGGAGUCGGUUUGGCGUUGGCCGUGCUCGGUGCUCAUUCGUAUCUGCUCACAAUUGGGUAUGAUCUACGAGGCGUCGAGUGGUUGCCAGUGUUGGCACUGGCGAUGACACUCUUCCUAGCCGCUAUCGGUAUUACCAAUGUUCCUUUCUUUAUCGUACCGGAAGUGAUGCCACCGAAGCUUCGCAGUAUCGGAAGCACCAUUAGUGCCACAUUGCUCUGCAUGUUUGCGUUCAUCUGCGUAAAGCUCUACCCCAUACUGAUGGAAACCAUCUACAUUCAUGGUACGGUGUGGAUAUCUUCGGGCGUUUGUGCGGUCGGUGUGCUGGUCAUCAUCUUCCUGAUACCCGAAACCAAAGGGAAAAACUUAAACAUACAAAGCGAAACUAAACGAUAAUCCAUCCUUUACGACAUUCGAGCAAUAAGUACAAAUAAAGUUUGCUAUUAUUUU